AGCGAAUCGACAAUUAACAAUUUCCUGAAGGGAGGUGCUGCUUAUCACUCCCAAAAUCUCCUGUGCUCACCGGAGGACAGCACACUCUGGAGCUGCACGCUCACAAUGGACUGAGAUUCCCAGAGAGAGAGAUCAACAUUAUCAGCCGCCAAACUCUCCGCUACAAGGCCACUUCCUUUCAGUCUCUUCUUUUAGUCUCUGGACGUCCAGCUUUCACCAGGUCCCCAGGUAUGAUUCAGAGGAAGGAGGUUGUGCUGUCUGUUCUGGGGGACCUCCAGGAGGCCACGGAGAGCUCUGGCCUAGAUGCUCUGACCAGAGUGGCCCUGGAGGUGGAACAGGUCCUCAGUCCCUUCCAGCUCCCAAAGACUCCCUGUCAAGAUUUCCCUGAGUGGGCAGGCGUGGACGACAUGGCUCGUGGCCUGUACCCAGGCGAUGCACCCGUGGGCCUCUUGCCUCUAAACUGCAAGGGAGAGGGCAAUCUGCUGUUUGAUGCAGUGAGCAUGCUGUUGUUGGGCAACAAUGAACUUAGCUUGGAGCUACAGGUUCGGACAGUGGUGGAAAUGGUGCUGUGGAAGAGAUACUACCUGUCUGGGAUGAUUGAUUCAAAAAUGAUGCUUCAGGCUGUUCGCUUCAGUCUCUGUGCUGAGGAGUCUGAGGACAUGCUCAACCUGCCUGUAACAGUCCUGGAGGCCAUCUUUGAUGCAGAUGUGAAAGCCUCAUGUUUUCCUGGCUCCUAUGCCAACAUGUGGCACGUAUAUGCCCUGUCAUCGGUCCUGAAGUUUAAUAUCUACUCCAUUUACCCCAUGUUUAACCACAAGAUCCGACCCUAUUUCAACCGUGUCAUACGUCCAAGAACCUGGCCUAGUGACUCUGAGCCAUUAACCCUCCAUGUCAUGUGGUCUGGUGAGCUGCAGUCUCAGUCGUUGUUCAGACCAAAUCAUUUUGUGGCACUCGUCCAGAGAAGUGACUUCACAUUUGGAAGUCCUGAUAGUGAGCCUAGGGAGUCACCAAUCAAGAGUGAGGAGCUGCUGAACCAGGACUCACAGCUUUCUUACCCAAGUCUGAAGGACAAGUACAACAUCACCAAGAGGACUUUCUACCGCUGGAAAAGGCAGACACAGGAGCACUGCAAAAAGUCAGCAGCCAGAUACGAGGCAAAGUAUUUCCUGCAAGCCUGCUACUUAGAGGGUAAGCUCAUCCCUCUGCACCAGUUUAAAGAGUUUUUCCCUGAAAUCUCAAGGUCGUCAUACUACAACUGGAAGCACGAGCUCAUGAAAACGGGGGGAAACUUCUCUGCCUCAUCAUCCACUGGAGAAAUUAGUCCAGGAGAGAGCACAGAACAGGAGGCCUGGUCUUCACCUGAAGGAAAGCAGGAUGAGCCAGACCACCAUGACAGUGUAGCUAGUAUGUUUGGCCUGAGCCUUGGCAAGCUCGAUCUGGAGCGGGCCCAGAAUGUCACUCAUAUGCAGGAAGCUAAGCGCUGUCUGCAAAAUUGCAUCGCCAUGAAUGCCUCGCUCCCCUUCAGAAUCUUCAAAAGAAAUUUUCCAGGUAUCUCCAGGUCAACCUACUACAACUGGAGGAGAGAGGCUAUGCUGUUCAACAGAGGUUACAAAGGCAGUGUUGGCAGCAGCGAGGACAGCUCUGAUGCUGACAAGAGCCAAAGUCCAAAAAGUCUGUCGCCAGUCUUGCCUAACUCCAACCAACCUGCCUUGCCCAGAAUGAGGGUCUGUAGACGGAAACACAGAAGUUUCAGGCAGGCGUACAUGAGUAAAAAGCAACUCAGAGAUGCUGCAAAGCUACAAGUCCAGAAAUCCAAAUGGUCCUUGACAAAGUUCAAGCUGAAGUUCCCAUCCAUGUCUCCUUGUUUCUACUGGCUGUGGCGCAGUGGCCAGAACCGCAAGAAGAAGAUGGUCACACAGAGCGUGGACAAUCACCUUCCUGAGAGUCCUAAGAGCACUGCUACAGAAAACCAAGUUAUGGAGAGAAGGAUGGAUAUACAUCAUAUGCUCCCAUUUGGUGAGAGUCCUAAAUAUCUAGAGAGUUCCCCCAUGCCCUCCUUUGAUGCCCUACAUUCAAAGCACACUCUUCACAGCAAGACAUCCAUAGAUGAGCAGAUGUUUGCAAUGGAUGUUGUGGCUCUGGCCAACUUUAAGGCCAAAGCCAAGCUGUUCCUGCAGCAGCGUUUUGAGCAGAAAUCCUUCCCCACAUUUAAAGAAUUCAGGUCUUACUUUCCUUUCACUCCACGCUCAACGUACUACAUGUGGAAGAGAGCUUUGUAUCAUGGGGUGUCAUUGGUUCAUGGAUAAAUAUGCAAAUGCAAUAAAAUAGGCUUACAGUUGCAAAAGCAAGCUCUGUUGAAGAACUUCUUGGCUCUAAAAAUUUUACAUUCUUCUGCAAAAACACUUUUGUGGCUGUUAUUCAAUAUCAUAACUCAACACAGAAGGGCAGAUUGUGACCCUAUUUUGCAUUUCAUCAGAAAUGGUGACACUACUUUGGGAUGACCAACUUGAAACGGUGCUGAAUGUACAGAUCUUCUGGGCUCCCAGUUAGAAGGUGUGUGUGAAGCACCCAUGUUGCAGCAACAUUCAUAUUUGAGGCACUGUAGUCCACCAGAGACUCAUUGUUUUUGCUGGCAUUGAGCUUCAGUUGAUUGUAGUUGUGCCAUGUGAUGUAGCUAUCUAUCAGUCACUACAUUGUGAGUCUGAACAGAUAUGGUUGUAAACAGCAAGUUGACUGGUGCAAGGACACAUACAACUGCAAUACUGUAAUUCCAGUUUUGUAAACAUGUUAACCACACCUUGUUGACUUUUGGUUCUAAAAGACUGUUAAGUACACUAGCUUAGCAUCUAAAUGCAUCGUGUUCUUCCUCUGCCACACCACCGCAGCUCAUUCCUCCCUUGUGGACAUUUGCACGUGUGUGAAAAGAAAUUUGGUGCGUUUAAAUCCUGCAUGUUGCCUGGAGGGCAACAGGCAGUUCAAAGCUGUUAGUUACGGGCAUUUUGUUUGAAGCCAUUUCUCUUCCAUUCCUUUUUAAUCCUUGUAGCAUUGUACUUGGGAUUCUUGAUUUUUUUCCUUUUUCAUUGUAGUAAGAUUGUUAAUGCUGAUUGUAUGCUUUUUUGUUGAUGAAUGUAAUAUUGACCUAGGAGGCUCCUGGUGGUUUAUUGUUUUUCCUUAUGAUUAUUGUUUUUUGCCUGUAAAGAGCAUCUAGUAUUCGAAAAGGAUUCACUUGUGGUUCAGACAUCCUCUAGAAACAGGGUUCCAGUGCUUUGACAUGUUUUCUCUUAUCAUUAAUGAAUGUAAACACCUCAGGUAUUCACUUAGUGCACCCAAGUUUUUUAUGUCCAACUUUUAAAAGGCCUCGUCCUGUGAACAAUGAACAUUAUAUAAACUGUGACUGUGUGUUUUGUCACACUUAAUUUGCACUAAAAUAGUUCCUUUCACACUGUUGAAUGUAUUGUCUUAACCAUCAUGCACCCUUUGGUUAAGGCAAGCAGCAAUUCUAUUUUUGAAAUAUGGUUUACAUGGUUUUAUUUUUUUGUACAAUCCCUCAUUUCAAACUACCUAUUUCCUUGUUAUUUUGAGGAAUAUUUGCCCUCAUAAGCUAUGUUUGUCUCUGUUAUUUUUCUAUAGAUUAAGUCCCAGUUAUUUUUUUGCACACAAACAUGUGUUUUGCCAUACUGCUACUGUUACAAGUUUCUCAGUUUCAGUUUUUUUUUUUUGUGUUUGUACUUAAAUGUAUUUAUUUUUCUCACUCAUUUCAUGUCUGAAACUGGUACUGUUGAUACUGGAAGCCAGCAUUAUAGUAAGUCAGAAGGUAAAGAAACCUGUGCUGUUCGGCCGUUUAUCAAUAAACUAUUGACCGGAAUCAA